CUUUCUAUCUAGAGUGGUUUGACUCAAAGCACAGACGCCCACCUAUCCGCUCUCUCCGACUCACUUUCCACCGAGCGCUUCAAAAUGGCGGCAGCUUCAUCCAUCCAGCCGCCGAGCGUGCACGGGAUACAGCGGGAAAACUCACCUCACCCGGAGUCCGACAGCCCCGCGAGCCGACAGGAAGAGGACGCAGCAUCCGAGGGGAUCACCAUCCUUAGAGAUCUACCGGAACUUGAUCCCGAGGAGAUCGAGAAACGGCUGGAGAAAACUCGCAGAGAGCUGAGCAACAGGAGGAAGAUCCUUAUUAAGAACCUGCCACAGGAUACAACUAACCAGGAGGUCCAUGAAAUUCUGAGAGAGUACGAACUCAAAUACUGUUUUGUGGACCGGAACAAAGGAACAGCCUUCGUAACUCUUCUAAAUGGUGACCAGGCACAGGAUGCCAUCCGAACUCUGCACCAGACAUCAAUCCGAGGCCGUGACAUCACCGUCCAGCUUCAGCCCACGGACUCCCUCCUGUGCGUCACCAACCUGCCCUACACAGUCACUGCCGGCCAGUUUCAGGAGCUGGUGCGUUCCUAUGGCAACAUCGAGCGCUGUUUCCUGGUGUACAGUGACCUUACGGGCCACUCCAAAGGCUACGGCUUUGUGGAGUACAUGAAGAAGGACUCGGCCUCCAGGGCACGGUCAGAACUCUUGGGCAAACCGCUGGGUGACCGCGCACUCAUGGUGCAAUGGGCUGACGUCAACCAGCUGACCUCUGCUGAACACCUCCACUCCAAGUGCCUAUGCGUGGAUCGCCUUCCGCUAGACUUUGAAGACUCGGAGGAGCUGGCUCACAUUUUUUCAGAGAGCUACAAACCCGUCUUCUGCCAGCUGGCUCAGGAUGAGGGAAGUCCAGUGCGGGGUUUCGCUGUUGUGGAGUAUGAGACGGCGGAGCAGGCUGAAGCCAUGCUGCUGGAGAUGGACAGACAGCUGAUCCAGGGUCAGGAGAUACGCCUGUCUCUCUGUCCUCCUGGAACCUCUGGACGCAGCACUCUCGCCGCCCUCAUCGCUGCUCAGGGUGUGAUGUUGAGCAAUAAGAAAGGUUUACUGCCUGAACCCAAUCUGGCCCAGUUCCUCAACAGUAUGACCAAUCCUGCUGCUCUCCAGAUCCUUAUGAGACCCUACCCCAACGCCAAACGAGGAGGAAAGUUUGGGCGACCACACAAUCUUCCCUUCCUGCGUCCACCGCUGACUGCAGCGUUGCUACAGUUAGGAAAAGCACAGCAGUCUGCCAUUCUUGGAAACGGUCUUGUUCUGCAGAAUCUUCUUCACAUGCAGAUGGCCCAACAACAGCUUUUACAGAUCAAAGACAAGCAAAUCACUAAUGUCCAAGGUCUUUUAGGUGACCCAUCCCGGCUGCUCCUGCAGAAAGUUCUGGGUCUUCGAACACAGGUUCCUCUGGGGAAGGGGUUGCUGGGAGAUUCUCCCACAGAGUUGGGCCAAGACUCCUCUCCAGUCACAUCCCAGGGUGGAAACUCUGGGGCUGGAAUGGUGUCACAUAUACCUGGGCGUUCACAUGCGAGUUCCGUCUCUGAACAGAACGGAGUCACUGCGACAUGCCUGGCUCCGGAGAAACAGCCCGCACCACCAGGAACCGCAGGGGGAUCUUUAAGCUCCCAAACACAACUCCACAACUUCCUCUCUGGGAUUAACACACCAAGUCUGGGAUCUUUGCUGGGGAGCACAACACACAAAGCUCCAGCCAACCACCACAGUUCAAGUGUGCAGACUAGUACUGCCGUCACGAGUCAGUCUAGUUGUCAGACAUCUCUGUUGGGAGACCCUCCUAAAGAAGUGAAGUUGCCAUCCAACCCGUAUCUAAACCUGGCUAGUGUGCUUCCUGGAGUGGUACUACAAGCACCCUGCAACAGUAAACCUCAGACUGUGCAGGCGCACACUGGGACAUACAGCGCAGUCCUGCCGCCUAACACCCACCCAGCCAGUCAAUACAGCACAGAGACCACUCCUGCAGAAUACACCCAACAAUACACUCAGCAAUACACACAGGAGGCCAUGCAGCAGUGGUACCAACACUACCAAGCACAGACCUACGGAAACACAAGCCAAGAGACGGCUGCAGUAACUGAAUGCGCAAAAGAGCAACCUCAGGUGGUGGUCACCUCCUCGUAUGGUGACUACAGUUCCUACAUGCAUGCUGUCAGUCAGUACUAUUCUCAGACGCAGAUGAGCCAGUCAGCUGCUCAAGUCUACCAGCACCGAGAUGUCAGCAAGGAGGUGGAGGUGGUGAAGACCCCCUUGAGUGCACCUCUGCACACCUCUCUGAAUGGCAGUGCUCAGACCCUGCUGCCCACCUACAGUGCCCUUCCCAUCAUGCCAGGCUUCAUCACACCGACACACACGCACGCGGCCAACCCUGCCACACACACACCCGCUGUACCCACAGCCAACGACUGGAACAACUACUAUUAUAGUCAGGCUAGAGGGCAAAAGCGCGAAUACCCGACACUGCCUACACAGGAAGUGACAUCAGAGUAUGUAGGCCAACACUCACAGGGUCUUGGAGGCCAUUACGCAGACUACUUCAAGAAGAAGAGGAUCUAACUCGCACUCGCUCUCACACCUAGCUGUUAUGUUGUCACUGUCAUGUCCAGGCCUUAACUUUUAGUCCAUAACUGAUAUUUAUGAAAAGAUUGUACAUUUUAUUGUGCAGAAGGAGGUUUAUUCCCCUUCUUGAACCUUCUGUGUAUCUGGGUACUGUUCUUAUUUCUGUCCGACACUAGGCAGGACGGACCUCUCAAGAUUGUGUUUAGUUAAUUGGUUAAUUUUCUGUUCUGCCUUUUUACCUCUCUCGCAGGUGGGGCGUA